UCCAAUGAGUGAGGAGCUUCCGGGUGGGGCUGGGGGGUCUGUGGAGGAGAUGUUUCCAUCAUUGGAAACAUUGUCGAAACACCAGCUGGGAUCAGACCUUGCUCUUGGCCCUGGAGAUGUGUCCCAACCACCUGGGUUGAGGCCCCUGCCAUGGUAACCGGUGCUGACGGGAACCCAGAGACGAUUUUUCUGACACCCAGGACAAAGCAGCAGGUGAAGAUUCUCUGAAAGCCAAGACCAGUGGUUGAACGUGCAGGCUUGGACUUAGAGCCCAAAUCCAGGCCCAACCACUUGCCAGCUGUGCGACCUCAGACAUGAGCCUCUGCUCUCUGAAUCUCAUGCUGCUUGUUAUCGAAAGAGCGUACUGAUAUCUCGGCCAUGGGACCGUGUGAAUCAGAUUCAAAGCUUGAAAUCUGGGGAGAGGAAAGCCAGUGACCCCCCGAGCAGCUGAGUUCGCCUGAAGGGAAUUGGAGCGUAGAGCCCGGGAGUCCUGACCCGCUGCCUUCCCUCCUGCAGGUCGGUAGGACGGUCCCGCGGGUGGCACUACGUGGAGACGAAGUGCCCAGAGUGGUUCCUUCCAGGUGUCUUCUUCCUGCCCCCACCAAAGCCUGAGCCUCACCUACGCCCACAGCUGCCCUGCAAGUUCAUCAUGCUGACGGAAGACAUGAAGUUCUGGCAUGGCUUAGUGAUCGCAGUGGUGUCCCUCAUUCUACAGACCUGCCUCUUCGCUGCCAUCAACUACCUGCUCAGCAGGCACAUGGCCAGCCAGAGUGAGCGGAUCCUGAAAGGGGCCAGGCUCCAGGCCCCCUGGUCCAGCCUUGCGCAGCGUCAGCCAUGUGCUGCCACGGAGGAGACGCGAAGCGCUCCUGUGUCUGCGCCCCGUCACAGGCAUGACAGUGACACGUCCUCAGAUAGCUCCAACAGCGCGGACGUCUCCGGCAGCUUGCCUCCCACCUGCCAGGCCACCAAGGACGUGAAUUACACACAAGUGGUCUUUUCAGCCCCUGGAGGACUAAAAACUGAACCUGCCCUGGACUAUGAGAACAUAAAGGAAACCACAGACUAUGUCAAUGUCAAUCCAAAAAGCCACAGGCCCAAUUUCUGGACUUUUGUGAACCCUGCUAACUCUGAGUCGGUAGAAUACACUCAGGUGGCCAUGUGAAUUCUGGGGUUUUAAUGGGGUGCAGUUCUCUACAAAUUUUUGCACUUAUUUUGGAAGGGAAUGACUGUUUUUUGUGUUUUGUUUUGUUUUGUUUUGUUUUUUAAACAAGGCAUAGGAGAAUAAGUAGACCUGUAUCUCAUUCAGCAAGAAAGAUUCAGGUCAGCUGUCAAGUAGAACUUCCAGGAUAAGUAUGAAUGAGUGGAGAUAUCAGUAGAGAAAGCGGUAAUGUCUUUCUCCACAGAAAAUUGUGGAAAAAAAAAUGUUCGAUCAGCUGUAGCAGAGUUCUGUUUGGUAACCUUACCGUUAAAAUGACUCUCCGGGCUUUUUAAUUUUUUGGCAAUAAACAACUUCCUUAAAAAUUUUAAA